GGGGUUUACCGUUCUCCCAGGUCUCCGCUGCUGCCUUCGAUGCGAAUGCUCGGAACUUCGCUCCGAUGCUGCGCAAACCUCCAAUGUGCGAGUGGGAGCUCCGUUGCAUUCUGCGCAAGCCUCCGAUGUGCGAGUGAGCACUCCGCCGGGCUCGGACGAUGCGCGCGAACCUCCCCAGCGCUCUGUCGUUCUCGACAAACUUCCAGAAAUGGAAAAUGGUGGGCCCACACCACUAUUUGUACUUUCUGUGGAGGGCAGAAUGGACGCUCGGCACAGCCGUCCGAUCGCGAGAUCUUGACGGUUGGGGUGUCCGGCAGUGCGGCCUGCGGGGUGUGGAUUCGGGUCCCGGUGCCGCGGGGGAAUCGGUGCCGCGGGAGCAACGUUUCGGGUCCAGGGAAAGUCUGGGCCGUCGAUCCGUCAGCUGAGGGCCAGGAUCUGGUACGGGGAAAACCGGUGCCGCGGGGAGAAUCGGUGCCAAGGGGGCGACGAUUCGACUGUCGGUGCCUUCCGCGACUGUUUAAACGGGCUCCGCAGGUGGAUCCAAGGGUCUUUUUCCUUGCGUCGCUCCCCGAGAAAAGUACCGGUGCAGUGUCACCUUCGCGUCGACACGACAGACAGCUGCAUUGCUCCGCCACGGUAGCCGCGUUGCUGCUCCAAUUCGUGCCUUCUUUGACCCAGGACGGCAACAAAAUUUCUCCGACAGUUCACAGAGGCGUCCAUCAUCGACUCCGACACGACGACCGUUGUGUUCAACACGAUGACGGACGAGCAUGGACAUGUUCACCACGUGUUGAACACGACCCCACCGUCGUGUUCAACACGAUGACGGUCGCUGUCAUCGUGUUGAACACGACCACGGUGGCUCGCCACGACCACGCAGUCGUGUUCAAUACGAUGACGGUCGUGUUCGACACGAUGACGGUCACUGUCGUAGUGUUGAACUCGACCGCGGUGGCUCGCCGUCGUGCCGGUGAUCGUGUUCAACACGAUGACGGUCGAGCGCAGACAUAGACGGGUAUCGAGCGCGACAUAACGACGGUCGAGCGCGGAGAUGUUGAACAUGACCACGCCGUCGUGUUGAACACGAUGACGGUGGCAGUCACCACGUGCGCCUGUCGUGUUGUGCAAUGCGAUGAUGCGUCGUCGUGUUCAACACGAACGCGGCGGCAAAUCAUCGUGUUCAACACGACAGCCGGCGACUAUGGGCAACGGACGGGUUUUAUCGUCAAUCCGGGAACGACUUCGAGAUUGGGUUACACAUCGCCAUACGAUGCACGGACGACGUCGCGAGAGCUAUUUGUGCAGAGUAUAGCAGAGUACGGUCAUGUUUUGUCUUGGUCGACAGGCGCUCGCUUGCAGGCGACCCUCGACUAUUACGAGGGGAAAGGCUUCCCCCGGUGUUUCGGGGCCAUAGACUGUAUACACAUCUAUAUUGAAAAACCACGUGGCGGGGAGGUGGAGCCGUACUUCGAUCGCAACAGACAGUACUCAAUCCGAGCGCAGGUUGUGUGCGAUGAGAACAUGCGCAUACUGCAUGUUGUCGUCGGCGCACCUGUUUUAUUUCAUGAUUCACGUGUUAUACGUCUGUAUGAUAUGUACUGGCGUGGAGAGGAAGGGGGGGAUCCUUUCACGCGGAGGACAAAUGUGUUGAUGGAUGGCGUGGUGGUGGGGAGAUAUCUGAUGGGAGAUGCUAGGUAUCCAAUCCUAUCGUGGUUGAUGACGCCGUUUGUUGGCACUGACCGGACUGCGGAGGAGAUAUCCUAUGACAACGAGUUUUUUGCCCUGCGCAACGUGAUUGAAAGGUGUUUCGGCAGGUUGAAAGGAGUGUGGAGAUGCUUUGAGCGUAAGCAUAUCGCAAACAUAGAGAAUAUUUGUUAUCGGUUUUUUGCUUGUUGCAUUCUACAUAACAUCAUUAUUGAUGUGGGCAUCCCGGUCGACGACGAACUGUUGCGACGGAGACCGGAUGAUGAUAACGAAGACGACGACAAUGAGGGACCACCUGCGGAUGAUGUCGCCAACGAUGGAGAUGGUGGAAUCGAAGGAGAACCUGCCGCCGCGAUGGACAAUGACGAUGGAGAUGGCGAGGCCGAUCGAUGACGCGAGGGGUCCACCUUGUACGCAACCCAUCUGCAACGACGCGACGCGACAGAGGCUCUUCGUCACUCUGUGGUUCGCCAUGCUCUUCACGUUGCUCGCAUUUUUGGUC